ACGUUCUCGGUUGCAGUGCUGCCAUCACAGUGGGAGCGGUCUCCUAUCACUAUUCCCGUUUCCCCACCAGCAGCCAAUCCCCUGGCUCGUUCAAAACCUUGCGGUUUUUCGUCGAGUUCUCUCGUGUGGGGAACGAUGUGGCUCCUCGCGUUCCUGCUAGAGUGAGACAACAGCAAAGAAGAGGUCCCACUAGAUCGGUCAGAACCUCAGUCGCCUUUCACGGGUUCGGUCGGUUGGGCGGGUGUGUGUUGUGACUACGAUUAUAAUGUGAACAGACCGCCACUGAAAUUCCAUCGUACGACACGGUUCUGUGUUAUUGACUUCACGCCGGGUACAGGAUCUCUCCACGGAUUUCUUAAGCUUCUCGUUUGUAAUCGGGAGGGUCAAAGUUGUACACACCGGCAACAGUACGCGUGGUGGUUUACGUCAAAGAUAACAAUCGAUCAAAAGAUCUCUCGUUUACUAGAAUUCGACGGAACAGUGACAGAACAGUGCGACAGGACGACGCGGAUUCGCCACGCAUUCGGUAACAAAUCCGGAAAUCGCCCGUCGCGCUGUUGUCGGUAUUUACGCCUUUGAGGAAUUUCGAAGCGCGCGGGGCAGAGGGUGCAUUUACAAAAUCGUACACUGUUCCCGAGAAUCAUCGAGAUGAGUCCUUAAAUUCCUCGACGUUGACACGACCGUCUGAGGAUGACCGAUCGACACGCGGAACGAGGCACUCUUCGUGGCCGGCGGACACAAUAUCAAACUACGGGACUACAAAACAAAAUGGAAGUUCAUCCUCUUCACAUAACCUCAAUGAGGUUUUCUAUGAAGUUCUCUACGAUGCUGGUGAUAUUUCUUCUGGCCACAAGCGCUGGCGCUAACAAUGUAAACGAGCCGCCUAUCCUGGAGGGCGGAGGGUAUCCCGCAGGUCUGACACUGUCGGAAUCGACCAAAGUUGGCACGGAAGUUUUUGUCCUUAAGGGCCAUGAUCCCGAGGGAUCGCCCGUGAAAUAUGGUAUACAACUAACGGACUACUUUGUCGUAGAACCAACCACUGGCGUUAUCAAAUUGGCCAAACCUUUAAAUCGUGAGGAAUACGACACGAUACGCUUUCGCAUCACACUGGAGGACGAAGUCCCGGCGGGUCAGCAACCGAACAUCGUCGGCGUUGACGCGUUCGUUAUCGUCCUCGAUGAAAACGACAACCCCCCGCGUUUCCUGGGUGUGCCAUACGAGGCCGUGGCCGUGGAGGACCUUCCAGUUGGGUCGACCAUUCUUCCGGGGAUUAGGGUGAUGGACCCCGACAUGUUGGGCGACACCAUAGAUCUCACCUGCGUCCCGCAGCCACAGUUUCUCGACGCUUGCGAGAAGUUUGGUAUAGUGGAUGUGGAGAGAAGUCAAAAUGCGUAUGUGGGUGCCUUGGUGCUGCAACAACCACUUGACUACAGGGAGAGACCUUUCUACCAACUGUUACUCAGAGCAAGUGAUGGGUUGAACAAUGAGACCACAGGAGUGGAAAUCAAGGUGGGAGAUAUUCAGAACAGUCCUCCAGAAUUUCUAGACUCUUUGACCGGUGUGGUACAUGAAGAUGCUCCAAUUGGUACACUGGUUAUGACCGUUAAAGCUAGAGAUGGAGACAGAGGAUUGCCAAGGAAGAUCAUUUAUGAAUUAGUCAACAAUCCAUUUGACUAUUUCCUUCUGGACGAUGAGACAGGAGAAUUAAGAACAGCGAAGCCUCUAAACAGAGAAGCAUUAAAGGAUUCAACAGGAGUACUAAAAUUGAAAGUGAAAGCACGUGAACUAAUUGAUGGUAUUCCGGGUAAUGAUAAUUUAACAGUAUCAACAGCAGAAGCAACGGUGACAAUAAAAGAUGUCAAUGAUGAACCGCCUACUUUUAAUCAUCGCGAGUACAAUAUUGAAAUUCCAGAAAAUGUAAUGAAUGGUACACCUUUGCGUAAUCUAGACAUGACUGUCAGAGACCCUGAUAUUGGGUUGAACUCAGUAUUCUCUUUACGUCUAGAAGAUAUUACAGAUGGUGCAUUUACCAUUGAGCCAACUGUGGCUACUGGAAGUACGUCUGUAAACAUUCGCGUUGCGAAUGGUUCUCUUGAUUAUGAGAAUCCUAACCAACGUAAAUUCAUCAUUCUUGUUGUUGCAGAAGAGAUUCACACAAAUCCUAAACUUACCUCCACUGCAACUGUAACCAUUGCCAUUACUGACGUAAAUGAUAAUUCACCAACAUUCAGUAGUCCUACGUAUACAGCUGUAAUUUCAGAACUUGCAUCUCCAGGGAUGCCAGUUAUAACAAUCACUGCCAAAGACAGGGACAGUGGACGAUUUGGUACAGCUGGAAUAGCGUACCAGUUACUAGGACAAGGUGCCCAACACUUUUCUGUAGACCGUAAGACUGGAACUAUCACUGUGGCUCCUUGUCCAACUCCUGGAACAUCACCUUGCUUAGAUUAUGAGGAGCAGACAGAAUAUUUCCUCACCUAUAAGGCAACUGAUGACGAUGGUCAGGGACAAACAGCAAGCGUUUCGCUGCGCAUUAACUUAUCAGAUGCCAAUGACAAUCCGCCACGCUUCUUGCAAGACAAAUAUCGCGCCGUUAUAGAUGAAGGAGCCGAUAAAUUUGAGCCUGAGUUAAUAGUACAAGCCAGAGACAAAGACAAAACAUCUAAAAUUACAUAUGCAAUAGUAGGUGGCAAUGAUUUGGAUUUUUUUGCAAUAGAUCAAGAUUCUGGUGAAAUUACAGUAAAAAGAAAAGGUCUACUCAAUUUAACAAACUCGACUCAUGAUUGGAUUGCACUGGUUGUACAAGCAAAUGAUGGGAUAUUUGUGGAUCCCACUACUGUCAACAUUACAAUCCGUGAUGUCAAUAAUAACGCGCCAGUUUUCCCACAUGACCUGUACACUGCUAGUAUACCGGAAAUAUCACCAAUUGGGACGAUAGUAGAAGAGGUGACAGCCACAGAUGCUGACACAGGGAUUAAUGCAGAGCUGAUCUACAGAAUACAAAAGGGAGCUUUUGAUGAUUUUACAAUUAAUGAAACCACAGGCGUUGUAACAGUAUUUAGAAAAUUAGACUAUGACAAUAAAAAUACGUAUCACAUAGAGGUUAUAGCAUUGGAUAAAGGAACUCCCAGUUUAACUGGAACAACGACAUUAAUGAUAAAUGUGGAAAACAGCAAUGACAAAGCCCCAUAUUUUACUCCUGAAACGCAAAGAGCCGAAGUCACAGAAGACACUCCCAUUGGUACAGUGUUUACCACGCUAAAAGCCACUGAUCCAGACAGUGCUAGUUUAGAGGCACUAAAUUUUGCCAUUUCUGAACCCAUCACAGCAAUUGAUAGAAACGGCCAACGAGUGAAUGACAGUAAAUCUUUUAAGGACUUCUUUGCCGUUGAUCGUGCAACAGGUCAAGUUUCAGUAGUUAGGCCUUUGGACCGUGACACUGCAGCCACAAUAAGUAUCACCAUUGUUGUAAGCGAUACGACAGCACCCACUUUACAGCAAGGAAGAGGUACACUGGUUGUCACAAUUAUUGAUGUGAAUCACUUGGCACCAGAGUUCUUGAAACCCUGGACAAGAGAAAAUCCGAGGUAUCUAAUAGAAAUGCAGGAAGAACAACCGACUGGAGCUGUUGUAGGAGCAUUCACAGCAGUCGACGCGGACAACACCAUAGCAGGAUACGCAAUUGUACCGCCAAGUCCAUACUUCAGUAUAGACAAUGUCACAGGUAUUGUGCGGACUAGUCAGGUCAUUGAUUAUGAAGAAACAAAACAGUUAGAGUUUACUGUCGUUGCCUACGAUUCUGGAGUUCCUCAGUUAUCCGCAUCCGCGAAAGUGACAAUCACUGUAAUAAAUGUUAAUGACCAAAACCCCAAAUUUGAGAAGGAAUUAUACAAUGCGUCUGUGGAAGAAAAUUCCCCACCGGGCACACAUGUCAUCACAGUUAAAGCAACAGAUGGGGAUGAAGGUCCAUUUGGAGAAGUUAAUUACAGCCUCAUCGGUGAUCACGCUGCUGACUUCAACAUUGGGCACGAGACUGGCGAGAUCACUGUUGGCAGCGCAACUGUUCUGGAUAGAGAAGUAACUUCGAAGAUCACUAUCACUGUGCUGGCAAGUGACGGUGCUCCCAUAAAUUCUUGUCGAAGCAGCACAGUUCCAGUGGUCGUGAAACUUGUAGACGUUAAUGACAAUCGACCAAUAUUUACACAGCACAGCUACAGAGCAUCCGUUGCUGAAAAUUUAUCCGUGAAUCCACCAGCUCCUAUUUUACAGGUUAGAGCUGUAGAUCAUGACGAAGGAGUCAACGGAGAAGUGUGGUACACCAUAAUGCAUGGAAACGAAAACGAAUCGUUCUCUUUGAACCGUGAGACGGGUAUUCUGUACCCUGGCGCAGCACUCCUCGGUAGAGCUGGAUCUUACAGAAUAAAGAUAGAGGCGAGAGACGGCGCUGGCCAUGGACCACAUUCUGACAGGUGUUAUGUCUACAUACGGGUAACACCUGUCAAUCAACACAAACCUCAAUUUGUUCUACCCGAAUUAAGCAAUGCUACCGUCGAAGUGCCUGAAAAUACUGGUGUGCCAAAUUAUUUAAUAUUAACGGUGAAAGCGAUAGAUAGAGAUCCCGGUGAAAACGGCCACGUAAAUUAUCACUUAAAAGUGGGGAACCGAAAUGUUCAGGAAACGGAAGAAUUUUCCAUAGACCAAGAUACGGGCGAGUUAAGAUCAAAGAUUAUUCUUGAUCGUGAAGCGAAGAGUAAAUUCGAGCUUGUGCUAGUAGCCGCUGACCAUGGUACACCCACAGCAUACGAAACCCUGCGGCUACUAACCAUACAAUUAGUUGAUACUAAUGACAAUGCGCCACAGUUUUUCGACGAGUAUCAUUUCCACGUGUCAGAAAAUCGUCCUAAAGAUUACUUUAUAGGAAAAGUAACCGCGGAAGACAAAGACGAAGGCAGACAUGCCAAAGUGUAUUACUACAUAGAAGCUGGGAACGAAGACUACGCUUUCUAUCUGGACAAAUCCGAUGGCAGCAUUUACGCGAACAAGUCGUUCGAUCGCGAAGUCAGGGACAAGUACAUUUUGUUGAUACUAGCCUCUAAUGAUCCUAACAUCUACAUCAACGCCAUGGAUGCAAAACGUUCAGUAACUCAGAGUACCGAUCAGGGACAUGCGAACGUAACUAUAACGAUUCUAGAUGAAAACGAUAAUCCACCGAUAUUUGAACGCAAUGACUAUUACGCUGGAGUUAAUUCAAUGGCGAACAUAAAUGACUUUGUAACAAAAGUGACAGCAUCAGACUUGGAUGUUGGUGAUAACGGCACACUACAUUAUUACAUUGCCAGCGCAAAUCUUUACAAAUAUGGAUCUGAGAAACCUAGUGGUUCUAUAGUUCCAAGUCCAUUUAAUGUUACGCAAGAUGGCAAAAUCCUUACCAGUGGAUAUAUGGCAGAGUACAAUCAAGACAGGUUCAUCAUUGAAGUUGUAGCAAAGGAAAUUGUUAUUCCAGAACGAUACGCUAUGACCAAAGUUCAUGUCUGGGUUUUCGAGCCAACACAACUGAUAAGGGUAAUUUUGUCGCGACCUCCUGAAGAAGUGAACCGCGAACGUGAUGAAAUUGUAUCAGAAUUAUCAAAUGUGACGCAAAGCAGAGUUGUUGUGGAUGAUAUACGGUACCAUGUGGAUGCAUCAGGUCACAUUCGAAGAGAAUGGUGCGACAUGUAUUUACACGUUGUGGAACCAAAAACCAAUACUAUAGCUCCUAUUCCUCAAGUACUGAAGGUUAUUGAUGCCAAAUAUGAUUUCUUGAAAGACUACUAUGCAGGCUUCGCUAUUGAAAAUGUGGUGCCUGCGUACGCUGGAGUUCAAGAAGAGUCAUUUGAUCCUGCAUUGGCAGCUUUGAUAGCCUUAUUGGUGGUGCUGUUAGUUGGUGCUGUCACAGUAAUAGUAGUCUGCUGUUGUUUACGUCACUGGGUAAUCACUGUACCAAAUGAUAUCCGAAAGAAGGAUGGUCUAAUAAAGAAGCAAAUCAUCGAUGAAUUGAAUACUACAGAAAAUCCUUUGUGGAUUGAACAGAAACUUAAACUGUAUGAAGAACAAGAGUUAACGAUGCAAGUAUUCAGUGAACCUGAAGGAGGACUAGGUACAGAAAGACGUGGAAGUGGGGUUAGCGUCGGUAUAGGUGAUACGUCCCAAGAUAACACUUAUGCUACCAUUCAACGUCCAUUGCCUACAAGCAGGCAUCGUCCAACAACGCCAGAUUACACGACACUUCCAGGAAACCACAAUCUGUACGAAUCAGCGAUGGGUUUCCAAGGAUCAACAUUCCAGCCAUCGUCAAGUGUAAUACCUCAACUUACACUUGACCGUGAUGGCCAACCCCAGUUCGUUUCAGGAUUAAUAUAAGUUAGGUACUAUACCAAUUUCUUUUCUCAAUUAGUAAUAUAUUUUUGUUAUCAUACGUUGUGCCUCUUUAUCCGCGGCUCUAACUACUGCACGCGUCUUCCCGAAACGACACUUGUUACGUACACACCCUUUCUACCAAUAAUUAGGUAAUAUCGUUAGGUUUACCUACGAGUAGAUCGGUGUGCAAAGUAAGGAUUAUCUUGAAUUGUGCGAAUUAACUGUGUAACCCGCUAUUUCAGUUUGAACCCUACAGUAAUCAAAAACCAUCAGACAACAUUACGACGAACGACGGUCAAUAUUAUUGAAAUAAAUAUUUCCCUGUAGGCGGUACGUGCAUCUAUACACGUACCCUUGGGUGUAACGAAGGUUCUCUUGUAUGGCGAGAAUUUGUCAUUUGCCUUCAAUUUUUGGAGAACCCGGUGAAACUUUAUGAAUCCAGGAAAAUACAAGAACCUUGGACUUCCUCUUGAGAGCCUAAGUUGCACCUGAUUGUACGUUCCCAACCUGUGGUCUCAUCCAAUCGACUUUUAUGCUCACUGUUAAGAAUAUCAAAAUUGGUAGAUAGAUGACACUGUGAAAUAGUUUAACGAGCGAAGCUUGGCACGACAGAUAUAUGUAUAUAAAUGAUGAAUGUGUAGAUUCCGUCCAGCGCAGUUUUUUUAUUACCUCCUCGCUAGUUUAGUAUUUAUAUAACUUAUGUACGUUUUACACGUGGAAAGGAGAAGAAAAAAACGAACGUACUCAAAAGUGUCAUUACUCUUUGCGUCAACACGAACGAAUCACUGGCAUAUCAUGGCAUUAACAUAACAAAAUAUCGUAGCUGAAAAACAAGUUCAUAAUGUUAAAGGUAUUUGUAAUAAGAAAAUGAGAAAAAUUCAAUCGAAAUAUCGUCAUAUACAUUAUAUAUGAAUUUGAGUAGAUUGAUUAAUUUAAAAAUGCAAAUUAUAUUUAUCUAAGUUAGGAUUAAAUUUUGUCCAAUUGAUCUGUGAUUUCCUUAUGUCCGCGUAUGUGAAUACGUAGCGAUUAACUUCGAUUUGAGAUUUAGUAAAAGAAUCAUUGGCGAUGGGCGGAUAUAGUCAUAUUAUAGCUAGUUAAACAGAGACAUUCGCAUCGAAUUUCGAUAUCGUCCGGAUAAUGUAAUACGGAUUGUUUGCGAAAACCACAUCACUUGUCAUUGUUUCAACCGCCCUUAGCAAAAUAUGCGUGCAUUGGAAUCUGUGAAAUUAGUUGCGAAUGGAUCUCAUAAUAUGUCAUGUACUCGGAAAAAAAA